AACGAUUCCGUUUGUUUCCAGACGAAAGAAGUUUUUCACUUCGCAGAAAUAACUGAGUUGAGACACUCCGUAGAAUUAAUUCAUAAUCAGUUAGUGUCGAGUAAAAUGUAUAAUUACUAAUUGCUGUGUUGAUAAUAUUGGGCACACCAACGAUCUGGUCGAUGUAAACUAAUCUGUUUUUAUUUUCGAGUGUCCAACUUAAAACUAAAGACAACCUGAUAACGCGACAGCCUUAAAAGAAAUGUACCAUCACCUAGAUAGGCCACAGAAUAUUCUAAGCCUCAGACCAGCUACUGCAGCGGUGACAAAAUAUGAUCACACCAAAGAAAAUAUUUAUUUGGACCGAAUAGCCCGACUGAUGCACACUGAUCGUGCGACCCUGGAUUCGUAUGCAAAAAUCAAAUUGUGGGAAGAUGGACCAAAUUACCAGAAGGUCGUUAAGUAUGUAAACAAUUCUCAAUAUCAUCCGAACAUCAAACUCACCGUCGUCAACAUUCAUCGUGUGUGGCAACGUAAUCGAGACGACGAAAAUUUGUUUCACAUUUCGAAUCGAAAAUUGCUUUGGCAUGGGACGAAACGUGCCAACAUUCCGCAAAUACUCAAGAACGGUUUCAAAUUACCGGAACAUGCUGGACAAAUGUUCGGUAGCGGAAUUUACUUCGCUGAUCGUAUCUCAAAGAGCAGCAAUUACAGUGACGUGGACGUUACAUUCCUUCUUCUUUGUGAGGUUGGUUUGGGCAAGGUUUAUUCGUGUAAAACAUCGCAUAACAGUUGGAAGAGUGCACCUUCUGGUUUCGAUAGCGUUAAAGCAAAUGGAACCUAUGUUCCUGAUUGGACAGAUGAUGGUCGCUAUUUUGGUGCGGAAAUUCCUUUCGGAAGAACGGCCAAAUGUACAAAAUACUCGACACACGCAGUAAAUUACAACGAAUUCAUAGUGUACGAUCCGAGUCGCGUUAUCAUUCGGUUUUUGGUAGAAGUUAACGUUGAAAGGGUGUUGAUGUCUAAACCGUUGAAUUUAGUUACUCCGAAGAGUCUUCCUGCAAAAAAUAAAGGGGAUGCAGCGAUCCAUACGACGACCAUCAAAUCAAAACGAAGCAUCGACGUUCGCUCAACAUCAACCAAAACCAUUUCCUUGUAUCCGGAUUCAGGGGCAAUUCAGACCACAACCAAGACAUUUUCACGAGGCGUCGACGUUCGCUCAUCUACAGUUAAAACCAUUUCUCGGAAUCCCACACUAACUGCAACCCAGGCAAAAGCCGAAGCAUCUAAACAAUACACCAUCCCCAAACCGACAGCGUCAGCAGCACCUAUUUCAAAUCCUAGUAGUACUUCAACUCUUCGCUGCGCAAAUUGGGUACAACAAUCAUACAGCACUCGUGAAGCAUAUCCACAAAGAAAUUAUACUGCGCAACAGCCGUUUUAUUCACCUUCAAUGUUAAGUGACCCAGUCUAUACUCGGUCGUCAUACACUCGACGGGAAAUCCAGCCGCAACGUGAUGCUAGCUGCACAAUUCUUUGAUGAAUUUUAGUGCGGUAAGGAAACUUAUAAAAUGAUCUUUGUGUAAUCGUACUGAUGAAAUUAAAAAUUGAAACUUUCUACAACCCUUUGAACGACCAUCAUUUCGUAGCGAUAGCAGGCCGACUUUCCUAACAUUUGAAAAUGACGUACAAUCGGGAAAA